CAAAGCGGCAGCUGUCAAAGUAGCAGGACCUACAAGCACUCCAGGUCACGGGGAAAAUAUGAUUUAAAGCAGUAUACAAUCUGGAAACAAUUCUGUCCUGUGGCUGGAAGAAUAAGGAGAGAGGGAAUGGAAAGAGACAGAAACAACUUGACAGAGUGUUGAAAGAAGCAGAAGGCUAAGAGCUGAUUCUCAUGGUUCAGUUGAGAGGAAAUUCCUUGGAUAUAUAUGCAAUUCAGCUGCCAUUUUAUUUGUGAUGCGUGGUGAUAUUAUUUUUACCAGUAUCCCUCCUAGCCUGUGCCAGGAAAACCUUUAUCAAUCCAGUAUCCAGUAAAAUGUUCCUCCCUCCCCCAUUCCACUUGCAUCUUCACUCUUCUCUCUGAGAAUGGAAGGAAAGCACCCAUCCAUCCAUCCAUCCAUGCACCAUAAUAAUCAAUGAGAUUCUUUGCAGGGCCAUAUUUGCUUGAACAGGACUCUGGAAAGCAGCAAAAGCAGAAGCAUGCCUUCCGCUGCCUUUCCUAAAGGUUUUCAUUAGCUAUCACCAAAUCCUAACCACUUAUUCAUUCUGUGUUAUGGGAGGAACUACCCCCUAAAUGAAAUAGGGAGAGGGCAUGAAUGCCCUCCUUGCUUUAUACAAGGGGACAAAUGUUAUAUAAAAUUGCAUCCACCACUGAGUCCCAGGAUUGCUAAAGGUCAGAGUGCUGACUGUUGAUUUAUGUUGCCAGUGGGCUGGGGGCAGCGUGGUCGCCUUCACUCUUCUAUGCUUUCCUCCUCGUUUUAUUGGCAGUUGCAAUUAUUCAACUUAGGGUUCAGUUUUAGAUGCAUAAAGAUUUAAAGUAUCAAAAAUAAAACUUUUUUUAACCAACAUAGUAUGGAUAUUUAAUAGCAGAAUAUGUGUGACUGCAUCUUUCUGUAUAUGCAUGUAUAUGAGAGAAACAUACAUGCAUACGCAUAUGUAAGUUAGUAUAAAUUAACUCUCUUUUUCUGAUCUGCUAAACAAGCAGGUCUCCAGUAUAUCUUCAAAAGUAACUACCCAUAAAUCUUUAUUAUGUAUCUCUGUGUAUUUGUCUGUUAGUGUGUAAUUAAACAGAAUUGUUUGGCAAUUCAUAAUAUUUAAAAGUAGCUUUUUCAGAUGAGGGAAAGAAAAUUAGAUUUCACAUGGGCCAGACCCAGCUGCGGGAGGGAAAAAAGGGGAGAGCGUUAAUUUUGGCUCAAUUAUUUUGUCAUUGUUUUGUAUGAUUUAUGGUCCAGUUCCGGAUGAUUUUGACCCAGAUAAAACAGUCAUAAAUAAUGAAUCCCAAUCCUGAGACUGUGUUUGUGUUCAGGAGUUUAAAAGUGAACGAUUGAGUAAAUAGAGAUCCACAUAUCAGUGAUGCUGAUAUGAUAAACUCUACUUUCUAGGUAAAAAAAGAUUUUAAAUGCUGUCCAUAUCGGGGAAACAAGUACUAUGUAAUUAAUGAUAAUACCUUCCAGGGAAAGAUUUGGUAGAUUUGGAAUGUUAGCUGACCUGAAGUUUAAAAAUCUAGAAUCAUAUUUCUCUUUCCAGUAUUUUCUUGUCCCACUUCCAGAGCUUUGGUUUAUUUUAUUUCUUACACACACCCACGUGCACUUUUUAAUAAGGUGUGUCCUAUUUGCUGAGCUGAUAAGGAAACUUGCUCGUUUUUUUCCCCCUUAGAGAGAAAACAUUCAUUUCCAAAACUUUGCUUUGCAAAUGCAAGGUAGCUUUUGUUUUUGAGGAACAAUCCUCAUUCCUCCCUUACUUCAGAAUGAGAGGCUCUUGAACCACUUAGAUUUAUAUUGCUUUAAGUCCAGUUGGUCCAGCAUGAAUCUAAACGGAAUCUGGCUCUUUACAUGGCAACAAGAGAGGGGCUAUUACAUUAAUGCCUGUAUAAUACCUGUAUAAUGUAGUAGCAAGGAAGGAGAAACUCAAUAACCAGAACAAGAACCAAAAUUCUGAAGCUCUAGUAGAGCUAAAGAAAGAGACAAAGAGGAAAGGAUAGGUUUUACCAACCAUAAAACUCAUAAAUGGGGAAAGAAAGGACCAAUGCUACCUAUUAAUUGAAUACUUUUAUUGGAAUAUUGGAAAAUUCUCCUUUCUAUUUGAACCUUUAUUUGCCUUCCGGGGAGGAAUUUUAGUAUUUUCUGCUUCAGGCACCUUCCUAAUGAAAUAUACUCAGAAUCGGGCAAGGUGAACAAAAUGCUCAGCUGGCUAUUGCCUGCAUAAUUUUUUUGACUUCAGGGGAAGAAACUGGUGGGUUGAACAUCCAGUUUGCUCCUCAAAUUCUCUCCAGAGAGAACUUUGUUUGCCACCUCCACCAAAAGAAUUGGCUUUCUUUUUUGGGGAGGGAUGGCAAAAGGUGGGGGGGGGGACAGUAGGACGGGACCAGAAAAAGGUCAUAUCAGCCUUUUUUCAGAAGAAAACUGUAGGGCUGAUGUCGACAAAAACGGGCGUUUUCUUGCAUCGCCACUGCCAAGCCGGAGGAUAUAGCAAAACGGCUGACCGGUGAAUUUUGGUCCCCGCUGUCGUCCCCACCUCCUACGCAGCAGCUCAGCUUUCUGUCUUUCAUGUGGAGAGUCCUCGCAAUAUGCUCUGAGAAGCAAGUGUUUUCUGUUGGGUAGCUCUGUUUACAGCUUGGCGCAAGAAGCUAUAAAUCUUGCCUCGCCAUAAAUGACAAAAACCAUUGGUAUGCAUAAGAGGCCACCCUGAACUGAAAAUACGUGUGUAUGUUUGUGCGUGAGUGUAUAAAUCUCUUCUUUCCCCUGUUCUGCUUUGUUUGGGGUUUAAGGUGACAGUGCAAUUUAAAGAAACUUCUUUGUAUUUUCCACACCUUUGGUAGCGAAGGCCUGUCAAAAUCGCACUUAGCUCUUAUUCCAGCGCCAACUGGCUGAUUUUCUGAGGCAAUUUAAAACCUCCUCCUCCGGGUUUUGUUGUUGUUUUUAUUUUGUUUUAUUUGUCUGUUCUGGUCUCUUUAUACCCCACCCCCACCCUUUCGCCCUGGAGUUAUUGAAGACUAUUCUUCUUACUGAUGUUAUUUUAAACGUCAGACCACUUGAGCAAGAAAAUGGCCAGAAAGUGCAGUAAGGGAAGGAGGAGGGGGAAAGGAGAAGUGGAAAAAAGAAAGGUGAAAAGAAAGAAAGAGAAAGAAGAAUAAGGAAAACCAAAGUUACCAAAACAGCAGCACUGAUCAACGUACACACUUAUGGCCGUGAGUAUUUGUUAAAUAAUGCGAAUUGAAACACGGGAGAGGUAGGCAAUAAGCGGCAGGCUAAGUCCUUAACCCGUCUAUGCUUUAGAAACUCUUGAUACCUUUCAGCUCACUAAGAAAUUGUUUCUCUUCUUUUCAAAUAAAUACUUGCAUCUCCAAAAUAUUCCUGAGGGUAUAGCCUCACAACUACACCCUAGCCUUUAUUAGUGGUUGCUUUAGUUACCCAGCUUUUAGUUGCAGUUACUCGGAAUUAGAACCUUGAUAAUUACUUAGCCCCACGACAUGGAAGGAGACGGGUAAGUUUAUUUCACUGGCUAUCCACCCAGGCAUUAUUUCUGAUUUCCGCUGAACUCGGAGCCAUAUUCUCCUUCUAUCCUAAAUGUUAACUGCUCGUUUUGUAAACGGAUGACUGUGCUGUUUCCUCGAUGAUGUGUAUGUGAAUGUUUGCCUAAGGGAAGGGCAACCAGAGAAGAAGGGAAGUGGGCAUCUGAUCACCAAUAUUGUUUGAAUCCUCCCCGUUAAAAGCGCUGUAGAUAUCGCCCUGGGUUGUGAGACAGACCAAAAGUCUACUUACUAUUGUGUGUGGUGGAGGUGGGGUAAUGUUUAUCCAUUUGUGGCAUAACUUCCAGAUUUUAAACUAUGCCUUCCGUCUCUCCCACCCCGUCCAGAAUUCUCCAUAUUAUUCAUCAAGCUGUUGCCAUACUGGUGUGUGAAAUUUAUGUUGUGUGUGUUUUGGACACACACACACCAUCAAAGGUCUUGGGGGGAGCGAUGACCUUUUUGUGAACAUCCUUUGUCUCGAUUAGCAUAAUUUUCCUGGCCUCUAAUGCCUCUCUGGCCCUUCUCUCUUUCACUGCCUCUUUCUUCUCACUCCAUCCAUUCCAUAUUGCCCCCCCCCAUCUCUCCUGCCUGCCCCGGACUUCCCGAGGCAACUGCCUCCUUUCUCCCAACAAACGCCCCCUUGGGCGUGCAAGGUUGCACAGGCAGCCGUCUGCCUUUUCCCAGCGAUCCGGUCUAAGAGAGAGCUUGUCCAGGGGUAGUGAGGCACAUUUCUCACUCGGCCCCAGGGGUGAGGUGGAGGGCGUGGAGGUUGGGGCCGGAAUGAGGUAAGGACAGGGCAAGUGGUGGGGGGGGGACACUCCAUCAGAGGCUAGCUGAAGAAACACCUUCUUGGGUGUCCCCUUCCUAGUGGAGGCAGGGAGCCUCCGGUUCUGAUUCUUGGGCUCGUCCUGGCAGAAGUGACUUGAACUGGUCCCCAUCCCGGAGGAGCAGAAGGUACUUAGUUGUCUGUCAGGGCGGAGGGGUUAAAGUGAAAGGGGGAGAGCCUGAUCCCCGGGCUGGCAGGGAACGACUGUCGCCUAGCCUCCAAAGACCAAUACUGGCUUCCGCCUCAGUCGUCAGAAUUAAGGUAAGCAACCCCCAAAUACGCGGCUAUCAGUGGUGAAUGCUGGAGUUUAUGUCCUGGUUGAUUUAUGACCAGAGACUUAAAUCUCGGUUCAAGAAGAGUUCACAGGCUGGAGCUUCCUUCCAGGCAGUGACGGAUAGACCAUUUCACGUCGAGUUCAGGCCGGGUGCCCCUCUCCCCUCAACUUUUCUUUAUCUGGCAGGAAAUCUCCGGCCGCCGAGAGGAGGCCAGCAGUGGGGAAGUGGGUGGGGAAUGUAAGCGGGGGUCCCCCCGCGUGGACCACGAUUUACAGGAGGGGUGGGUAGAAGGGGAAGCCAGACAAGCGCAAAGAAAAAUGGACUCCAAACUUGUAGUCUGGUCUGCCAGCCAGCUCAAAAGAACACUCAUGAUUUUGGAUUCAACCCGGUAGUUUCUGCAAGAACUCCAGAAACUCCUGUGCAUGCACGUUUACUUUUCUUGUCUUGUGGUUCAGGCCAAUGUAGUGGUGAUUGGAAGGCUGGAUUCUUUGUGUGGGCGUUGGUGGGUGGGAAUCAGUCUUUUCAAAAAAACUUUGCAUCGCUUCUGAGAUUUUAGAGGAAGACCUCUCCACCAAGUGCGGAUCUCGCUCCUCCCGCCCCAGUAUUUCUGAACCAAAGUUGCCAUCCUAUGCAGGCUUUCCAGAAAGCAAUCUCAUUUGUUAUAAUGGGUCUUCCUUCUGAGCUGAAUAGGAUUCAGCUGUAAGGUUGCCAUCCUGGCCAUGGGUGCAAGAAGUAUGUUCCUUUUAAUCAAGUGGGAGCAGUUUUGGAAUAAACUUCUGUCAGAUAGAUGCUAUGAAGAAAAAGGCAUCAGCCUGCAGGUUGGCAAGAUAAUCUACUAUUACUAGAAAGUACAAGUUUGAAGUCAUAUUUUGAAACCAUUGGGUUUGUAAAUAGACUUUUUGGUGAUGGAAUAGUGCUUCUAUAAGUUUCACUCACUGGCUGCUUUUUGGGUUUUCCUAUAUAUUUGCAUUCUCUUGAAACAAGCAUUUAUCUAGUGAAACAACUCUGUAUAAAAUGUGAGCCUGUGUAUUAAUUUUUAAAAAAUCUUUUUAAAAAUGCUAUUUCAUCCCUUACGGGCAUUGUUGUCAACUGCUUUUUGUUUGCUCUAACUAUCCACAAGCAGGAAGGGGGCUGCCCGACUGUCUCACCCCAAAGUCACUUUUGCUCGUUUUUUCCCUACUUACAAGCAAAAGAGUCUUUGGAGAACUCUUAUAAGAGUUCUUUCUGCAAAGGUCAGAAAGGAAACAGCCAGCAUCUUAUUGUUUCAUAUUUCUUAAUUCAAAAAGUGAACUAACAUUUGCACCCUGCCCCCCACUCCCAACAAAAAGGCAAAAGUGUUAGAAGUCUGAAAUUUAGAAGGGCUAUUAGAAAAGAUAACAACAUUCUGGCUCCCCAGUCAAAUUUAAAGUAAAGUUCUGGAGUUUAAAGUAAAUUUACUCCCAAAUCAGAUAAAGUCAAUUCCUACCGAACCCAAACUACAGCUGAAAUUCAUCUUCUAUAUUUUUCAAUACAGGUUGUUUAUUGUAACUUUUGAAAGACUUGAUUGUUGUUUUCAAAACCAAGCAAACAAUAAAAGAAGAUAGCGCCAUCCUCUAUCGAAGGAAGCUGCCAUCUGUAAGAGGUUUAUUAAAUCAAUCUGUCUCUCAUGUGUACCUUGUUCUGAAAGAAACUUGAGUGAACUGAAAUGCAAACUCCUGCAAUUAAUUUGAAUAUGCUUGUGAGGUGAUAGUGUGUAAUAUAUCCCUCCAGCAAGAUACCCUGGCAGCCCACUAUUUUGACUGGAACUUGAGUUGGGAAUGUUUGUGUGAAUAUGAGGACUUUGGAGAGAAGGCAUGGAAGUGAUAGGUUUUUAACUGGCGGUUCAGUUGAUCUGUAAAAAGUUUUCAAUUGCAGAUAAGGAGUCCUCUGAAACCCCACCCAACCUCUUCUCUAGCUGAUUCUGCUCAGACAGGUAAACAAUGUUGAGUGAACAAAAAAUAUUUGCCUGGUUUGUAAGAGUGUUUGUGGUUUUGUGCACCCAUUCCUCUGUCUGCAUCCAAAUGACCUCCAUACAUCAAAUGACACUGCAAUCUCAGCGACAGAACCUAUUAUGGUUGAGUUAGGAGGAAGGUUCAAGCUGUGAUCAUGGAGAUGGACACUAGCGGGUGUGCCUUUUUCCAGAUAUUUGUGAAUAUAUUCAUGAAGGAGGGAAAGGGGACAAUAAUAAUUCAAAACAUCUGACUGACUGUGCAACCAACCAUAAUAGUAAUAAUGUCAUGUUUGAUACACCCUCAAAUAAUUAGACCGGGAUCCUGCAAGGACACAAGCAACCAAAGGGACAGGCCUGAAACUUCCCACAAAGGAGCGCUAACUGGAAGAUAAUUUCUGACUGUUACCCAUUUGCUACAUGUGGAGACUAUUGGAUGAUAGAGGCCAGAUUUGUGUCCCUGUCUAAACUGGCAGCAGUUAAAGCUAAUUUAUGCGCAGGAAGUUGGCUGAUUAUUAAACAGAGAAAGCUCGGGAUAUCCCCAACCACUGUGCAGUUUCAUCACACGAGGGUCAUUAUGGGUUCCAUUUAUCAAAUCUUUUGGUUUCCUAGCCAACAUUUCAUGAGUUCGAACCCCUCCAGCGCUGGAUUGUUGAGUCACUCUUCGUGGUGAGACUUGAAGAUGCAUGUAUUGAUUUUUCUUUAAAAGGCAUUGUAUCCAACCCUUUAAGUAAAGUACAGCAAGAUUUUCUUUUUCUUUCAAUAAAUAAGGGAAACAGUAUGGUAUUGCUCGAAAGGAAAGCAAAAGGAAAUCGUAAGUUAUGGAAAAAAAUCGUAAGUUAUGGAAAACAAUCUGCUCCAACCUCUUUCUUAUCUGGAGGCCAUUUAUUGCAGUGAUCGAUCAGAGCCUUUUUUAUGGGAGAAAAGAUAAAACAAUUCUUAGCCUGCAUGUGGAUGUGAGUGUGUGCGUGAUUAGAAAACACCCAAUCCUACUUUCUCUUGGAUCUGUAAACCACACAAUCUGGGCUGCCAGUAAAUCUCUGCAUAUCUCUUUCUAUUUCUCCCUCCCCCCUCCUCUUACCGAAAUUCUCUUCGCCUUCAGGCCAAGUCAUGCUGCUAAAUAUUGCUGACCACUUUUUCUGUUAUGGCUUUCAUGUCACUUAGCUAUUGAAAGUAAGAUGGAUUUGUACUAUUUCUCCACUCUCCUGUGCUUUCCCUACACCCUAGGUCUACAAGGAGAGGCCAUUGGAGGAGAAACGUCAUGUGACAGAGUGGUGCCAAUGUUAUUCUUUAAGGGUGUCAAGACCCUGUCAGUUUAUGAAAUAAAUAUUGGGAAACAACGAAAUGCAAAAAGCGACCUACUACGACAGCUCUGCGAUCUAUGGAGGCUAUCCCUACCAAGGAGCAAAUGGUUUCGCUUACAAUGCUAGUCAGCAGCAAUAUCCUCCGCCUUCUGCUUCUGCGCUGGUGGAAACCGAGUAUCAUCGACCUGCAUGUUCUUUGCAGUCCCCCGCCGGCACCAACAGCACUGUGUCCCAUCAUAAGGCCAAUGAAAUCAGCGAGAGUUGUAUGAGGACCAUCCCCAGCCAGUCUCUCCAGCCCCCAAUCCUACCAGAACAGCCCCAGCAACAGCCUCCGACCCAGCAGGCACCACCACUGCCCCCUCCUCCUCCUCCUCCCCCCUCCGUGUCACCACCUCAAAAUGUCACUGCCAACAGCACCCCUACAAAUGCCACAAAGAGCUCCAUCCUGAACUCACCUACCAUGUCCAAACAAAUCUUUCCCUGGAUGAAAGAAUCUCGGCAAAACACCAAGCAGAAAAACAGCAGCUCCAGUUCAGGUGAGAGUUGUGCUGGUGAUAAAAGCCCCCCAGGGCAAGCUUCUUCUAAAAGAGCUCGCACAGCUUACACCAGUGCCCAGCUGGUAGAACUGGAAAAGGAGUUCCACUUCAAUAGAUACCUUUGCAGGCCACGAAGGGUAGAGAUGGCUAACCUCCUAAAUCUCACUGAAAGACAAAUCAAAAUAUGGUUUCAGAAUCGCAGGAUGAAAUACAAAAAGGAUCAGAAGGGCAAAGGCACGAUGACCUCUUCUGGAGGACAAUCCCCCAGCAGAAGUCCUGUCCCUCCAGCUGCUGGAGGCUACCUGAAUUCUAUGCAUUCCCUCGUCAACAGUGUUCCAUACGAACCCCAGUCACCGCCAUCUUUCAGCAAGACUCAUCCGAAUACCUACAGCAUCACUACAUCAUAUCCGGCUCCUAUCAAUAACUGCCCUCCUCCUCAAAAGAGGUACACCGGAACUGCAGCAGUGACACCUGAAUAUGACCCUCACCCUCUUCAAGGCAAUGGUUAUGGCAAUCCACAUAUACAGGGAAGCCCCAUUUAUGUUGGGGGCAACUAUGUGGAUACCAUGGGAAAUUCAGGACCAUCUAUCUUUGGUCUAACUCAUCUCCCUCACCCAUCCUCUGCCAAUAUGGACUAUAGUGGGGCAAUAGGCAACAACCAUCAUCAUGGACCUUGUGAUCCGCACCCAACAUACACAGAUCUUACUUCUCAUCAUCCUACUCAGGGAAGAAUUCAGGAAGCACCCAAACUGACCCAUCUGUAAUAUAACAUUGGUUAUAUAGUGAGUGUUAAAAGCUUCCCAAUUUUUUUUUAAAUAAAUGGGGGGGACCCCAACUUUUAAAUUCCCCCUCCCUGCGCUACCCAAUACAGUUUUAUUUACUUCUGGGUUUUAUUCUGAUGUGUUUUCCUUUUGGUAAAAUGCGUUUUCCAAUUUAUGUGACUAGCAAUAUUUGUUGCUUGAAUUGCUCUCUAGUUUCAAUAGUGGAUAUUUAUCUUCUUGAACUCUUGCCUUGUGAUCUUGCUUUGAGAGUAUACAUAGGCUUUAUACUCUUAACUUUGACUCUUUUAUCAAAACAGGGUAUUAUGAACAAAUUUUCUAUACAGACAGUUCUUAAAUGUGAAUUUGUUCGUACAAAAUCAGUCCCAUCUGGGAAACAUUUUUUAUUUUAAUUGCACUUCUUUUAGGUAACAAGAAAAAAGGGCGCUUGAACAGCGGCUCCUGAGCAAAAUGAUUAAUACAUGUACGUCUUUAAUCGUGUGUAUGCUGGUGAUCUUUCAGAUUUAUUUAUAUUUUUUUGAAUAAUCUAAGUGUUUAAUUUUUUUUAUUUAUCCCCAUCUGUUCAUAUUUAUAUAUAUGAAAAUAUUAAAAAAUAAACUUCUUUACCCUGAGUAUUCAGGAAA